AUGGCAUUCAAGCUGAAAAUAUCAGUGUCUUUCUUCUGCUUGAUUUUUUUGAUUUCAGCAAAAGGUUCAAAUGCUGGUGGAAUUUCCAUCUACUGGGGUCAGAAUGGUAACGAAGGUACCCUAGCAGAGACUUGUGCCACUGGGAAGUAUGAAUAUGUCAAUAUAGCCUUUCUGGCAACAUUUGGUAAUGGCCGGACUCCCAUGAUAAACCUCGCUGGUCAUUGUGAUCCCUAUAGCAAUGGCUGCACUGGCUUAAGCUCUGACAUUAAAUCAUGUCAAGCCAAAGGGGUUAAAGUGAUUCUGUCUUUGGGUGGAGGUGCUGGUAGCUACUCCCUUGCUUCCUCUGACGAUGCUAGGCAAGUAGCAACAUAUCUUUGGAAUAAUUUCUUGGGGGGGACGUCUUCGUCUCGACCACUUGGACCAGCUGUUCUUGAUGGAAUUGACUUUGAUAUUGAGGGAGGAACAGGCGAACACUGGGACGAUCUUACAAGGUACCUUUCAGGGUAUAGCAAGAAAGGCAAGAAAGUAUACUUAACCGCAGCUCCUCAGUGCCCAUAUCCUGAUGCUUGGGUUGGGAAUGCUCUCAAGACCGGUCUCUUUGAUUAUGUUUGGGUUCAAUUCUAUAACAACCCUCCUUGCCAAUAUACAUCUGGCGAUAUUGCCAACCUUGAAGAUGCAUGGAAACAGUGGACCUCAGAUAUCCCAGCCAACAAGAUUUUCCUGGGACUACCUGCAUCUCCUGACGCAGCAGGGAGCGGUUUCAUUCCAGUAAAUGAUCUCACAUCGAAGGUUCUCCCAGCUAUAAAGAGUUCCUCCAAGUAUGGCGGAGUUAUGCUGUGGUCCAAGUAUUAUGAUGACCAAAGUGGAUACAGCUCUUCCAUCAAGAGCCAUGUCUGA